UAAUGUUGAGAAAUGUUUUCCCUACUCAAAUCACCAAAAUUUCAGAAACCCUGUUGAAAGAAUCACAAAAAGGUACUGCGCCGCCGGACAGUGAAAAUUUUCCAACCCCGGAAGGAGGAGAGUGGUAGGAGGGAGGUUCUUCCGGUUGUCGGAGCCCCCGUCCUCAUUACUGUGCCGGUGUGAUGGCCUCCUGCCCAGCCCCAACUGCGUCGGUGCGGUCCGUUCCUCUCUUCUGUGGCGUUCCACUCCGGCAGCGGUCUUCUUCCAUUUGCCCCGUCUCGUCGUCAUGGUCAUGGCGAGCUCACUUCCUCGUAGUCUGUUCGUCGGCUGCUUCGACGACCGUAUCAGUGAGCAACGGUGUCGGCGAGAUGAGGGCGCGGACCGAGAGGAGUGCCAUCCGUCUCGGCCUCCCCAGCAAGGGCCGGAUGGCGGCUGAUACUCUCGAGCUUCUCAGGGAUUGUCAACUCUCCGUCCGGCAGGUGAAUCCACGGCAGUACGUGGCCGACAUUCCACUGCUACCAGGUUUAGAAGUCUGGUUUCAACGUCCAAAGGAUAUUGUUCGGAAAUUGCGUUCAGGAGACUUGGACCUUGGAAUUGUUGGUUAUGAUACAGUCUGUGAAUAUGGGCAGGGUGAUGAAGACCUGGUUAUGGUUCAUGAAGAUCUUGAAUAUGGGGAGUGUCACUUAUCUAUUGCAAUUCCUAUGUAUGGGAUUUUUGAAAACGUGAACACUCUGAGUGAGUUAGGACAGAUGCCUCAAUGGACAGCAGAGAAGCCUCUGCGUAUUGCUACUGGCUUUAACUAUCUUGGACCAAAAUUUCUUAAGGAGAAGGGUUUACAGCAUGUAUCUUUUUCCACUGCUGAUGGUGCCCUGGAGGCUGCUCCUGCUAUGGGAAUAGCAGAUGCUAUCCUUGAUCUUGUGAGCAGCGGAACAACAUUGCGUGAAAACAAUUUAAAAGAAAUUGAAGGUGGAAUUGUGCUAAAAAGCCAGGCUGUUUUUGUAGCGAGCAAGCGUUCCUUAAUCCAACGGAAAGGUGUUCUUAAUACGACGCAUGAGGUCCUUGAAAGAUUAGAAGCUCAUCUUAAGGCAACUGGUCAAUUUACUGUGGUUGCAAAUAUGAGAGGAGGAAGUGCAGAGGAAGUGGCUGACAGAAUUCUAAAUCAGACGUCUUUAUAUGGAUUGCAGGGCCCUACCAUAAGUCCAGUCUUCUGCAAGCGCGAUGGGAAAGUCUCUCCUGACUAUUUCGCCAUUGUCAUCUGUGUACCGAAGAAGGAACUCUAUAAAUCUGUUCAGCAGCUGAGAGCUAUCGGUGGUAGUGGAGUUCUGGUUUCACCCUUGACAUACAUUUUUGAUGAGGAAACACCUCGUUGGCAGAAGCUACUUUCUCAACUUGGACUCUGAUUCACGGUUACAUCCGUUCACGAGAAUUGGAAUUAUCUGGUCCUUUUUUGGCGGUAGUUAAAGCUACAGGACUCUGAUAAUGAGAUCUUAGAUGUAGAUGGAUGCAAUGUAACGAUGGAAGCAGCUAUUGGGGUCCUUUAUGAUUAGUCGAGUGUGAAAUUUCUUUGUUGUUCUUUGAGGCCAUAGGAAGCUGGGGCAAAAAGGAAAUUAUGAGAUUCAAGCUGUUCAAUUGUUUCACAACUCUCAAUAGAAAUUAGAUAGUCCAAGCUGGUGGUUGUUCUGUUUUGACAUUCGUUGUAAAAUUUAGCUUGGCAAUCCAUAAAAGCUUGAGAUCAGAGAACAGGGAAUGAAUUCAUGACGUGAAUAAUUAAAUUCAAACUAUGCUAUUGUUCAGAUCAA